GGAUACUUGUUAAUGGCAUCCUUAAUUUUUGCAAGCGCGUUCCCGCCUAUGAUAGGCUAUGGGUUGUAUCAAACUUUAUCCGGAUACACGUUUGGUUUUUUGAUCGGCUUUCCUGUAUCGUACUUCAGUGCUCUUUUCGGUGCCAUUGCAUGCUUUUUGUUAUCAAGAACAUUUUUUAAACAUAGAGUGACACGUACACUAUCUCAGUAUCCCAAUCUUGAAGCUGCUGUAAAGGCGGCAGAGAAGAAAGGAUUCAAGCUCUUUCUACUUAUCCGUUUAUCGCCUUAUCCAUUCAAUUUGCUGAAUGUGUUAUUCGCAGCAACACAUUUACCACUGAGUUACUUUGCAGCAGGAACGGCUAUUUCAUUAUUGAAGAUCGCCCUCCAUGUGUAUGUUGGUGCUACCUUGACCUCCUUUGUCAAACAUGUGUUGGGAAACGAUGAAGAUGCGAGGACAGAAGGUGAAAUACGAGCAGAAAAAAUCAAAUACAUAUUUGUGGGCCUUUCGGCGUUGUUAGGAAUGGGAGUGAUGAUCUACUUGUAUCAAGUAGUAAAAGUAGCUGUGGCAGAAACAGUGAAACUGGACUCAGCAGCCAGCAACGAAGAGGAGUUAUCCUUUUUACAUGACGAUGAUACAACAGAAGAG